GGUCAUUGACAUGGUGCACGAUUUUUGUAACUAAAAAGAAGUCUAAACCAUGAUGUAAGAAAAUCUCGAAUGGCAUAGCGGAUCGGCUCAUUAGGUGGCAGCCACCUAUGCUGAGAUACGCGGCUGCGAGCAAGCUCACCAAACGAAUAAUAAAUCAAGCGACGCGCUUACCAUCCAUCAUCGUCGCUUCUUCUCCUCCUCGCCCACAUUCUUGCAGCCUCAUUCAUCGCAAGAAUUGCAGCUCCCAAGCAGCACCAUCGCCACGCUUGAUCCGACCCCGCGCAGCAAUGCGGGACCUGUCCUGCUUCGGCGACGGCUCUGUCGCAGUCUCUGCCGCGUCGGCGGCCUCUGUCUCCGGCCGCGGCUGCACGCUCGACCGCUCGCUGCAGGCGGCGACCACCAGCGUGUACAACGCGUCUCUGUCCUCCGGCAAGGGGAUCCUCAUCCGGGUCACGUGGAGCCGGAGCACCGUCGGAGCCCCGGGGCUCACCGUCGCCUUCGACAACGAAGGUCUCCUCUCGCUGUCGUCGUCGAGGAUCGCCACCCAGCAGCACGUGCUGCGGAAGAAACGCGGAAGCAGGUCCAUCGUCACCGAUUCCGGCACGGCCGUCGGCGUCCAUUGGGACGUCACGGCGGCCGAGUACUCCUCCUCCCCGGAGCCCUCCGGCGGCGACUACUACCUCGCGGUCGUCGCAGACGCCGAGCUCGCCCUCCUCCUCGGCGCGGGCGACCUAUCCCGCCGAUUCGCCUCCGCUCCUGCCGCCGCCACCGGGCACCUCGUGAGCCGGCGCGAGCAGCUGCGCUGCGGCGACGCCGAGGCCACGGCCGCGCACGCCACCCGGUGCAGGUUCCGCGAGGGCGGGGAGGAGCACGAGGUGGCGGUGCGCGCGUGCGGCGGCAGGGGCGGGGUGGAGGGAGAGGUGCGCGUCAGCAUCGACGGAGAGGAGGUGGCGGGGGUGCGGCGAGUUGGGUGGGGAUUCCGCGGCAACCGCGCGGUCCUGCUGGCCGACGGGGAGGUGGUUGACGUCAUGUGGGAUGUGCACGACUGGUGGUUUGGCCGCCGCGGCGGCGGCGCCGGGGCGCAGUUCAUGGUGAGGUCGAGGGCGGAGAAGGAGGGGAGACUGUGGAUGGCCGACCAGCCGUCGGCAGCGCCGCCCGGCGGCUUCUUCUUGCAUGUGCAGUGCUACCGGCGUUGAUGGUGUAGUAAAUUGGACAAGCUACACCGCUAAUGUCGGGUGUAUGGAGCUCAGGAAGGCUAUCUGCAACAAGCUUCAGGAGGAUAAUGGUCUAACCUAUAGCCCAGAUCAUGUGCUAGCGACCAAUGGGGCUAAGCAAUGCACUACACACGCUGUUCUUGAUGUUCUCUCAUGUGGUGAUGAGCGCCAUGGAUUAGUUCCCUGCUGUAGGAGAGAGAGAAGAUGAGAGGGAGAGAGAGAAGGAAGGAGAGGAGGGAGAAAGAGAGAGGAAAGAGUAGCUGGAGGUGCGUCGACCGACGUCGGCAUGUGCUGGCAAGGUUGGGCGGGACCGGGCGGUUGGCUGCGGCUCCGUGGUUUCAGAUGGGGCACCGUGGGGAGCCAAGGAGGCGGCUUGGCCCAGCCAUGGCGUUGGUGCUGCGGAGCGCCGCCUCGCGCUACUUCGUCGUCGACACUGCGGGCUUCGCCACCGCCUACGCGAUGCCGCCCCAGGGGGAUCAGCAGCAGCCCCCCUCGCUGUAGGGGCCCAGCCAGCAGGUCGGGGCCAAGCUGGGGCCCUGCGCCGAGUGCAGCGCCACCGGCACCAAGAAGUGCUCCGGGUGCAAGCGCAUGCAUAUUGGUCGGCACUGCUGUUGUCACCGGGCAGAAUGGCCGACUGGCCAUGGGCAGGCUCGGAGCCCUCUGCGAGCAGGUGAAGAAGCUUAAUUUCCAAGGGUAUGAGGUGAUUCUGUUCGCCUCCGGCGCCGUUGGCAUCGGGAGGCAGAGGAUCAAGUACCGAAAGCUCAUCAACAGCCAUGUUGCAGAGAGUUUUUUCUCACAGCAGUUUACUGACGGGCAUUGCCUCUGGUUAUCGUCACUGCUUGUGUGCUGAUAAUUCUCCUUGCUUGAAGUUUUGCCGAUCUGCAGAACCCACAGUUGGACCUGGAUGGGAAGGCCUGCGCUGCCGUCGGCCAGAGUGGCCUCAUGGCUAUCUACGAUACACUGUUUAGCCAACUUGAUGUGACAUUGUCUUAGCUUCUUGUUAUAGAUCGUGAUUUCCGGGAUCCAAGUUUUGGGCUCCAGCUUCAUGAGACUGAAUUUUGUUCAAGGCUAACAGUGAAAAUUUUAUUUGUAAAAUAUGGCGAUCCCUAUAGUGGUAUUUCUGAAGCUUCGCUAUGCUUGCUUUCCCACCAACAAGCAGUAAUCCAAUCACUGGUGCACCAGGUACUAUAUCAUCAGCCAUCCACCAAGACGAUGCUGACAGCCAAAGAAAGCUCCUUCCCCACCGCUGACAGCCGAAACCGCUCUUGUGCUCAUCAAUGUCCCUUUCACCUCUCUAACCUCUGUGUUAACUCCGUCUGGUUCUAGGCCAAUUAAGGUUUUUUUGUUUUGUUUUUGCUUCCAUUCUGUUUGAUUUAAGUGUGGUGGUCAGAUCCUCUUCAGAUGUCCAGUUGAGACACCUACCCAUUUCUUCUCUCUUUUUUCUCUUGAGAGGAGAGGAGAGGAUGCUAACUAGCGAAGUACUAUACUACUACAUUUCAAACCAUAAUAAGGUCCUUCGGUAAAAACAAAACAAGAUUUGCAGCGUCGCAGUAGCAAAAUUCCAGCAUCCACUAGCCACACAAAAAAGUAUGAGAGGAAUUCAAGGAUUAGUUUAUUAUUAACCUAUGUAGUAUAUGCACUGGUAGUUGAUGGAGUUUCAAGCAACAAGCAUGGAGCACCUUCCUCUUUCUAUCAUGUCACUUACCUGAUAAUUUGGUAAUUCUCUCUGUAAUGUCAUUCAUAUACCUGAUAAAGCCAAUUUCUUUGGGGCUCUCUGUCAUUCAUAUGUUCAGUGAUGCAAUCUGAAUUAUUAUGUAGAGGUUACUCCAGUCCUCACUAUUCUUCUAUUUGUCUCUGUUUAGUGUUUUACUUUUUUAUCAGCGGCAUAAUAGAUAACCAUAUCUACAUUUGUCUCUAUUUUCUGUCAGGUUAGUCAAUGUAUAGGACUGCGCUUUUGUGUGUCCUUUCCUUCAAGCUGUUCAGGAGAAGAGAGGAGCGAGGCCUCGAUCCAGACUCAGGAGGAGGAGAAGACGAGGAGCAACACCUAUUUUUAUUGUCCGUCAAGCCCCAUUAUACUUUGCGGUUCCAGCCACCUGAUCACUAACCUGAAUGAGUAAGUAGACCAUUAUAUAUGAUGGUCUUGCUUCCUUUUGUGAUCAUGUAUCUAUGUUUGAUCCGGUGAGAAAAGGCGGCUUCCAAGCAGAGGAUGCGGCAGUGUUGGCCACGUUUGGUUUUCAUAAGCUAAUAAUCUAUCCCUUCCUAUCUACUUCCUUUGUGUACCACGUUGUAACUAAUCAUCUAUGUACCAAUAGUAAAAACUUGGGUGUCUGAAUAUUCUCACAAUAGUUGUCUCCCUCUC